CUCCCCCUCUUCCUGGAGGAGCUAAAGCAGAAAGUACCGUUCUGUGAUUCACUGGACAAAAAAGAGGGAGGAGGCAGCCACGAAAUCCCAGUGCCAAAACUAAGUAAGUUAGCUGACACAACGCACCCAUCUUGCAGCGCCUCGGCCGGGUGCACCCACUCCGCGGAGACCAAGUGGGCUCGAAGUGGAGUGGCCACCGGGGCAGGAACCCCGCUUCGCUCCCUCCGCGCUCCAGAGGCCCGGAGGACUUGGUGCCCGAAGUUCCUGCAGAAAGAGGGUGGUGAGCCGUGGAAAGAGAUCAGGAAACUGGGCUUUUAUUCCCCCUUACUUCGCCGCCUAGUGUCGGGGAGACUGGCAAACGCUUUGGAGAGGACCGGGAGAAAUAGAGAGCCCUGGAAAAGUGGAGAAAGUGGUCAGGAAGUCGGUCUACUUCAGGCAGCCGUUUAUCUGUCAGGGUAAGAGCGCGGCGCGGCUGCUCAACCCUCCUCCUUCCCCCUCCCUGCCCCCCCCCCCAGUGCCUUCCAGGUGAGGGGACCGCCGGACCGCCGGUCCCCCGACCUGUGUGCGCGCGCGGCUGCCAGAACCUCGCUCCUCAACGUCAAGGGCGCUCUGGCCACAAAAGGUCCCUACUCAAGGUGAUUCCUUGCUAGACUUUUUGUCCCGAGAUCUUUCGGGUGGAAGCCUUCACUUUUUUUGUGUGUGGAAGCUACUCAGGGGACCGAGGAGGAGGAGGGAGUCAAAUCCGACGGAAAAGAGCAACUCCUUGUUUGUCCGACGUCCCAUCACUUGUAGAAGGUUGAAGCUGUUGGAUGUGGUGACAGCCGAGAGGAGCGCAGGACUUCUUUCCAGGUGGGGACCGUCCACCGCCUGUGCGAUCUACCCCUCUCCCGCGUGCAUGUGUGCGUCGGCGGCCGCACCGGGUGCGUGGUUCUUCGAGUGGAGUCUCAGCCGGGACCCAAGUGAAUGGCCCCCAGGGGGUGUGCGGGGCCCCCGCCUCCGCCGACUCCGCCGGCCUGGGUUUGGCCCGGAAAGAUGCUAGCCAUGGGGGCGCUGGCAGCCUUCUGGGUCCUCAGCCUCCUCACCUACGGUUACCUGUCCUGGGGCCAGGGCUUGGAGGAGGAGGAGGAAGGGGCCUUGAGAGCUCAGUCUGGAGAGAGGCCAGAGCCCAGCACAUCUGCCACCUCCCAACCCCAUCUCAUUUUCAUCCUAGCGGAUGAUCAGGGAUUUAGAGAUGUGGGUUACCACGGCUCGGAGAUAAAGACUCCCACUCUUGACAAGCUUGCUGCCGAAGGAGUUAAACUGGAGAACUACUAUGUCCAGCCUAUUUGCACACCGUCCAGGAGUCAGUUUAUUACUGGAAAGUAUCAGAUACACACCGGACUUCAACAUUCUAUCAUAAGACCUACCCAACCCAACUGCUUACCUCUGGACAAUGCAACCCUACCUCAGAAGCUGAAGGAGGUUGGAUAUUCGACACAUAUGGUUGGAAAAUGGCACUUGGGUUUUUACAGAAAAGAAUGUAUGCCCACCAAGAGAGGAUUUGAUACCUUUUUUGGUUCCCUCUUGGGAAGUGGUGAUUACUAUACACACUACAAAUGUGACAGUCCUGGGAUGUGUGGCUAUGACUUAUAUGAAAAUGACAAUGCUGCCUGGGACUAUGACAAUGGCCUAUACUCCACACAGAUGUACACUCAAAGAGUUCAGCAAAUCUUAGCUUCCCAUGAUCCCAGAAAGCCUAUAUUUUUAUAUAUUGCCUACCAAGCUGUUCACUCACCACUGCAAGCUCCUGGCAGGUAUUUUGAACAUUACAGAUCCAUUAUCAACAUAAAUAGGCGGAGGUACGCUGCCAUGCUUUCCUGCUUAGAUGAAGCAAUCAACAAUGUGACCCUGGCUCUGAAGACAUACGGUUUCUAUAACAACAGCAUUAUCAUCUACUCUUCAGAUAAUGGCGGCCAACCCACAGCAGGAGGAAGUAACUGGCCUCUCAGAGGUAGCAAAGGAACAUACUGGGAAGGGGGCAUUCGAGCCGUUGGCUUUGUGCAUAGUCCACUUCUGAAAAACAAGGGAACAGUGUGUAAGGAGCUUGUGCACAUCACUGACUGGUACCCCACUCUUAUUUCACUGGCUGAAGGACAGAUUGAUGAGGACACUCAACUGGAUGGCUAUGAUGUCUGGGAAACCAUAAGCGAAGGCCUUCGUUCACCCCGGGUGGAUAUUUUGCACAACAUCGACCCCAUUUAUACCAAGGCAAAAAAUGGCUCCUGGGCAGCAGGCUAUGGGAUCUGGAACACUGCAAUCCAGUCAGCCAUCAGGGUGCAGCACUGGAAACUGCUUACAGGAAACCCUGGCUACAGUGACUGGGUUCCCCCUCAGUCUUUCAGCAACCUGGGGCCAAACCGGUGGCACAAUGAACGAAUUACGUUGUCAACUGGCAAAAGCAUAUGGCUUUUCAACAUCACGGCUGACCCAUAUGAGAGGGUGGACCUAUCUACUAGGUAUCCUGGAAUCGUGAAACAGCUCCUACGGAGGCUCUCACAGUUCAAUAAAACCGCAGUGCCUGUCAGGUACCCUCCCAAAGACCCUAGGAGUAAUCCUCGGCUCAACGGAGGAGUCUGGGGACCAUGGUAUAAAGAGGAAAACAAGAAAAAGAAGCCGAGCAAAAAUAAGGCUGAGAAAAAGCAGAAGAAAAGUGAGAAAAAGCAGAAGAAAAGUAAGAAAAAGAAGAAACAGCCGAAAGCAGGUUCAUUUCCAAAUUGCCAUUCAGGCGUUUGCCAUUAUCUUAGAUAAUUACGAAUUUUUUUCCUGUCUGGUUAAACUUAAGUCGGUCUUAGUCUUUUAGCUGUUUUCUAGAGAGACCAGCAAAUUUGGCUCAAUAAUUUUACUGCCGGAAGUAGCAGCCCUGUUUUCAUGUUGUGCCACUCCAGAGACUGCUGCCACCUGGUCGUCAUGUGGAAGACGGUUCUGUGUUGUGCCAAAGGUGCUACCCUUGCAAGCCACACUUAGAGGAGAAUGGAGAUGCUAAUUUCUUUUGCUCCUUUACAAAAAUGGUCCUUAAUCAGUGCAACUGUUGUGCUUUCGUCAACUGACCAGACACUAUGCUUUAAAACUGCGAUCAACGGACAUGCUAAUUUGAUGGAAGUUACAGGGUAGCAUGAUUAAAAACUACCUUUGAUAAAGUACAGUCAAAGGUUGCAUCACCUGAAAGGCCUUGAAAGAUACGUUUUCUUCGUGAAUUAUUGUAUCUCUGUCUUAUGAUACUUGGUUUUUGAAGUUAAUUCCAUUUCACGUAUCAUUUCCUUUCCUGUGAAAAUAAGCUGUUGCUCCCAUGUAAACAGCUUGCACCUCAUUCUGUCAUGCAUGAGGGAAUGGCAUAUAAGAAUGUUUGAGCACACUGCCAAAACGUGAAUGUAACUAUUUUCUAAACACUUUAAUAGAAUGACGUUUCAACGUAAAGUAUGUAAUUU